AAAAAAGACCCCUAUAACUAAUACACUGUUUAAAUUUGUUGGCGAACUUUACAAAAUGAUUAUGUUUGGUGAUAGAUCCCAGACGAGGUCCGCCGCACAAGAUGCCCAAUUACUAGUCGAGGCAAUGACCCCGCGAUAUUCGCUGCUCUCGGGUCGCUUCAAGCAAAGCUUUGCCUAUCUGGCGCUACAGACCCGAAUGCCGGGCAUCAUGAGUCAGAUAGUUGCACAGCUGCAGAGCAAUAUGCCGGAGCUGGAGGAGCAGUUUGGCGAGGAGGUGCGCAAGGAUGUGCCCAACAUAGUGGAUGCCAUUGAACGACUGAGUCGGGAGCUCAAGCGAGAUCGCUAUUUCUCGCUCUUUCACGGCAACGAGCCGGACAAGGCCGAGUGGAAUGCAUUUAUCAGUGAGUUGCCAAAACCGAAGCGGAGUUACUUCCGAGCCUGCUGGCUACACGCCGAGUGUUAUCUGUACAGACGCAUCUAUUCCAUUUUCGAGCAUAGCCACUGUCUCAGAACCUACGACUAUUUUGGGGACCUGAAGCACGAGGACCUGAAGGCCAGUGUACAGGCCAUGGAGGCUGUGGGCAAGGCGACGUGCCAAAUGGGAAAGAGUUGGUCGAACUUCAGUCUGAUGAUGCGCCUGAAUGCAUGGAGUAACCACUUCGAAUUAUUUUGGAACUCGAUGGGUGGGAAUGCAAAGCUGAAAGCGCGUGUUGAUGUGAAGUCAGUGCUUGACACUUUUGAGAACCGACUGUUGGCAAAUGACUCUAUAUUGGUCUGGAACUGUCUGGUUAAGGCCAAGUUACAAGGCAAACAGAAAAUAAUUGUGGACUACAUUUGCGAUAAUGCGGGCUUCGAACUGUUCACGGACUUCAUCUUCUUGGCAUACCUGGUGGAGGCGGGUCUGGCCACGCAGGUGCGCUUGCAUGUGAAGAGCAUUCCCUGGUAUAUCUCAGAUGUUACGAAACGUGACAUCGACUGGACUCUGGGCUUCCUACAGCAGCAUCCAAGUGAUAUUCUGUCCACCCUGGGCUACAAAUGGUUGGACUUUUUUCGCAACGAGCGUUUCAUAAUGGCUCCCGAAUCGUAUUUUUGGACAGGCCCACAACCCUACUUUGUCAUGGUCGAUGUGAACCUGGACUUAUUUCAUUAUCUGUCUCAAGCCGAACUGGCCAUCUUCAAGGGCGAUCUCAACUAUCGCAAGCUUACGGGCGAUUUCAUUUGGGAUUCCAUGGAGGAUUUUAUCACCUGUCUGCGCGGCUUUCGACCCACGAAUGUGUGCGCCAUACGCACGGUGAAGUGCGAGGUUAUUUGCGGCCUUCCCGAAGGUGUUGCCGAUAAGUUGGUGCGCACCGAUCCUCAGUGGAUGACAUCGGGACGGUAUUCUGUUAUACAGUACACGGAUAGUCUCAGAUGCAAUUGUUGGCAGCACGAAAUGGAAGGGGAGCAGCCGGACGACCUAGGUGGGAUGAGUCUGCGUUCUAUCUAACGGUUAUGUUAAGGACAUUCAGAUGUCACUAAACAAAUUCCCACAAAUAACAUGCGAAAUGAUAAUAAAGAUCUACUUUAUAGCUGAUAGAAUACCAAGAAUAAAAUGCAUUUAAGCAAA